CCUCACCUGAGCGGGGCGGGCGGGACGCAGGCUGCCGGGCCGGGCUGGGCCGGCUCCCAGCCAGCCGCCGCACCAUGAUACACUUUAUACUGCUGUUCAGUCGGCAGGGGAAGUUAAGGCUUCAGAAAUGGUACACGACGCUACCUGAUAAAGAGAAGAAAAAGAUCAUUCGAGAAAUUAUUCAGAUUAUUUUGUCUCGCAAUCAAAAAACAAGUAGUUUUGUUGACUGGAAAGACCUCAAGCUUGUUUACAAAAGGUAUGCUAGUCUGUAUUUCUGCUGUGCAAUAGAAGACCAGGACAAUGAGCUGCUGACACUAGAGGUCGUUCACCGAUACGUGGAGCUCCUGGACAGAUACUUUGGAAAUGUGUGCGAGCUGGACAUUAUCUUCAAUUUUGAAAAAGCUUACUUUAUUCUUGAUGAGUUUAUAAUUGGUGGAGAAGUACAAGAGACUUCAAAGAAGACUGCAGUGAAAGCCAUAGAAGACUCUGACAUGUUGCAGGAGACAGUGGAAGAAUACAUGAACAAGCCUGCAUUUUAAUGUUAAACUACCUGGAGAGAAAACUGCUGUAUGCACCUCUUAAGUGCACUUCCUGAAAUUCUUCCCAAUGUGCCAGAUCUGCAGAGCAAUACCAAAAACCAAUAACUGACGGGGUUUGUUUGUAUAAUGGUGAAGAUGAAGGUCAGCUAAUGUAGCAGAGGGUUUAACAAUUCUGUGCUUUGCAUUACUCUGUACAUGAGUUUCUCAGAGUUGUUAUUGCCCCAGUCUAGUUUCUCUUCUCGUUGCUGGACUCAACUCUUGUUUUUUACCACAUCUUUUAGCUACGGGUUUUGUCAUCACAAGAUGCUCCUCUGACAAUACUUUGAAGAGGCAUUUUUACUAGUUUUGUUCACUGCUGACUGUAUGACUCUACUUUUGUACAAAUGUCCAUUAUUUUGAAUGUAAUGGUUAUUCUGCUGUAAUAAUAAUUUUUUUCUAAAAGCCAAA